AUGCGGGCCGCCCAGCGGGUCCUUGCGAUCCCAGAGCUGCUUGCCCUGAUUCUUGAGUUCACCGCAGCGGACAAUCUUCCAGAGGGCAUCGAGAGGCAAAAUAUUGUGAUUCUCUACAAGUGCACCAGCGUCAAUCAUCUCUGGUUCUGCGAGACUAUGCGCCAUCUCUGGAGUCAUUUAACAUGGGAAAAGCUGAAGGCGCUUAAACAGAUGCCUAUAGAACACAGACAAUUCUAUGCAGGCUUCAUUAAAGUGCGGCACCCGUCCUCGAAGUACCAGACCCAGAUCCUGGAUGGUUUGCUCUUUCCCCAUGUCCUGUCGGUGAAUAUCAGACUUUGGGACCAUCUGACGCUGUUUUAUUUACCCCCGAUACAAGCCCCUACGCUUCUGGUUCUUGAUCUCAACGUCUACAAGGUUAAAAUGACCAAUGGGCAUGUCCUCUACCACGGCUCUGUGGAGAAAAGAUUUGCAGAAUAA